UUAGGCCGGAGUAGCUUGCUGUCACAGCGACAGAUAUGCUCUGCUUAGCUAGUAGAAAACACAGUGAUCAGCGCUUGACACCGAGAAGAAGAUAAAGAGAGGAGGAGAGACGAAGACGACGACGACGACGACCUCCACUCCGAAAGCUAAAGCGGAGGCCGACCAUUAUAACCACCACCCGAAUUAUAUUCAUCGAGGGAAGAAAAAAGAAAAGGGAGCACCGAGCCGAGCUAGAAGAAGAGAAGAAAAGACGCAGCAUCUACUCCACUGAGCGAGAGCAACCCCUGCAACAACGCACACAGACACAGAGCGCACAGGGUGUUGCGAGAGAAAAGUUUGUCCAGCUCGUGCCUUCUGCAAGGAGGGAGGAGUGAUCGCGAUCGGGUAUCAUGGCACGGCGGUCGCGGCCGUGCGGCAUGCAGCUGGCGGUGGUGCUCGCGCUCCUCGUCGCCGGCGCGGCGGUGGUGGCCGACGACGACGAGAAGUGCGGGAACCCGUGCGGCAACCCCUGCGGCGUGCCGUGCAUCUACGCCAGCCCGCCGCCGCCGCCGGCGCCCGUGUACUCGCCCCCGCCGGCGCCCGUGUACUCACCCCCGCCGGCGCCGGAGUACUACCCGCCGCCUACUCCGGAGAAGCCCGGCUGCCCGCCGCCGCCGGAGGGGGGAGGAGGAGGGUACAACCCGACGCCGUACACGCCCGGCGGCGGCUACAACCCGUCGCCGUACACGCCCGGCGGCGGCGGCUACAACCCGACGCCCUCCGGGUGGUACACGCCGCCCAACCAGCUGCCGUCCUACAACACCCCGCCGGGGACGCUCUACCCGCAGGACCCCGGCUUCCGGCCCAACGGCGCGCCCGGCCGCGGCGCCGCCGCGUGGCGCGCGGUGGCAGCCUUCCUGGCGGUGGCCGGAGCCCUGGCCUUGUGAUCACCCACCGAUCGACCGAUGGGGAGCCAUGGUGAUCAAGUGCAUGGCGCUUUCAAUUUCCGCACCGUGUUAAUUAAUAAUAAGAUUAGAGAAGGAUAUAAAUUCGGUAAGGAUUUUUUUUCCCUCGGUGAUUCUUGUUGUUCUUGGUGUCGUUGCUGUUGUUAAUCGUUCUCGUCGUGUAACUGUGUUGAAUCCAUCUGUUUAUGAUCAUAGGAAACAUGCAUGUUCAUCAGAAUAUAUGAUACAUAUAUAUACAUCUCUGAUCAAACUCGAAUAGAAUGCUCCAUGUCUCGGUUGCUUUUGGUA